AUAAAAAUAUCAUUUUGAUUUAAUAGAAACUUUUUCAUUGGUUGGGUUUUCCCGCUGUUAGACCCUAGUUAUGGUAACCCCAAUGAGAAGCUGUCAAAUUGCGCCCCAUUCCAAUUCACGCAAGAGGGGCAAACAAAAUAUUUUAUAAUACGAAUCUCAAUUUAAAUAACCUGUUUAAAAAUUAACACUAUAAACGUGCACCACUUUUGGACAUAAUUUGCAAUUUUAAUGAUAAAAUAACUAGUUCAUAUUUAAAAAUAAAAAAAGGGUUCGCUACAUAAAUUGGCGCUUAAAUGUAAAAUGGAUCUCCCAAGGUCGUUGAACAAAUGUCAAACAUCCAAUAUGGGGACUUUUGUACUUGCCUCGAUUGCUUGGGGGAUACCCUAACCGUAAUUUAGUUUCUACUAUGUAUUCGUGUGAUAUAAUGUGACGUACAAAUAAUUAAGUAAACACUGCGCAAUGAGGUUACGUUAAAAAUAACAAUUUAAAUUGUGUAAGCGAAUUCAUGCGAUUUUGAAUUACAAAAAUAUAUUUUUUUUAUGCUGAGGUGAUUUAUAUACACAAGUUAAAGAUGUCAGAAGCGUCGGCCUCGAAGAAGAUGAUACUUAAACCGAUAAUAAUUAAUAACAGGAAAAUGUAUCUUCAUCCGCCAAAAGUUUUGACCAAAUUGCCUUAUAGACCGAUUCAGCAAUACAAAGAUGAGAUCAUAUAUUCGUCGCCGGAUUGUGACUUUUUAAAGGGGGAGUCCCAGGAGGUAGUGAUAGUGAAUCGAAUGAAUUUGUAUAACAAGUCGUGUCGGACGGUCGCCAGGUGUACUAGUCGGGGAAUUUGCGUGGAAACUACGUCAGACAACGUCGCUGCUACUAUAGGACAGAAGAAUUACGAAACAGUGUUGUCUGCUUUAUCAUCCGUAUUCAAUGAGGAAACAAAAGUAAGAGGCAUUUUAGCAUUGUUGAGCCCGCAGAAAAAUUUUAACACCAUUGGGACACAGAGUAGUAUGGAAAUUACUGAGGUUAAGAAAGAAUGUGUGAGUACAUCAAGUCAAACUGUUGAUACCAGAUUAAAUUUGCUCCUUAAAGAAAGAAGGAAACGGAUACGAAGACCGUUAGCCCCGUAUGUAGUUACAGACAACGUGAAGAAAUUUGUGGUAAAUCCUAGUGAUGUGAAGAAAAACUUAACCAAAAAAAAGGCAGAAGAGAAAGUCCAACAAUUUAGAGAGAAAUCACUUCCAGAUUUAAAAGAAGUGAUUGACGAAGAUAGUAAUAUUUCGGAUGUCAGUAACAUAUCAGCGUCCAGUUGGCCAAGUGUUCCUGGGAUUCUUGAAAACACAGAGAAGUUUCUGGACCAGAUAGACAAAGUAACAGAUAGAACACUAAAUUCUACGGAGAUCAGACUGCGAGACGGUAGUGUUAUAAUGAUACCGAUUAAACCUGAGGAUGAGUUCCAUAUCGCUACUCCAGAGGUCCUCAAAAAUGUGACACAUGAGGAAGCGUUGAAACUUAUAUGGCAUCAGACAUUCAUUGACUUCAAAUUGUGCUUGGAACAGGAUGAAGAUGGAUAUUACCCUCUCCAUAUCGCAGUGCUACACAAUGAUGUGGACCUUGUAAGGAGACAGUGCGCAUCGUUGCGAGCUCGACAUGAAUCCGUCGAUAUACCCGCAGGUGGCUUGUCGGCUCUCCACAUGGCGGUGCGACAGAACGUUUCCGUCGCCUGUACCAAUAUACUUCUUCAAAAUGGCGCCGAUCCACUCCUCUGCGACCAGGAGAGGCGUUGCAGCUUACAUAUGGCUGCUGAAAUAGAUUCACCACAGCUGAAGACGUUGCUGGCUUACUGCGACACACACGCUAGGAGCGUGCUCAAAAACAACCUAGAUUUCUGGCGACCCGAACUGGAAUCCAAGUCGGACAACGAACUUACAAGAUUAAUGUAUAACUGCAUUAGCGAGAUGUUUGAUGACCAAGGUUACAAUCCGCUAAUGAUAGCAGCGGAGGCAGCUAUCCCUUUGAACGUGUCCCUGCUCGCCGACCGCGCCGGCUCGCUCAUCGACGCGCCGUCGGCCGACUGCGGCGCCACCGCGCUCUACCGCGCCGUCGCCAGAGCUUGCCUGCACGCCAAGGAUACUGGCAAUACGACAACAACACCAGAAAAAUACGUCAAAACCAUAGAGAUCUUAGUAGAGCACGGCGCUGACCCGAGCAUAGAGAAUCAGUUUGGUUCAUCCGUAAACACUUUACUGACAGAAUUCAACAUUGGUUCUCUUUCCAUGACCAUAGCCAAUAAAAUGACCGCUGUAAAACAUGGUCGUUUCGCCCGGGAUAGAUUAAAUAUGAUUCUAUUUAAAAAUAACGAUGGUAGCUUAGAUUACAAAGAUAUAAAUAAUGUGACAGAUAAAACACCGAGGACAGUUGAAACUGGACUUCAUGCGGUCAUAACUGUUGAUGUUCCCGAGAAAAAAGGUAAAAAGUCAGAAAAAAAUGUAAGUAUAUCUGAUAUUCGUACAGAUUCAGAGAAACCUUUAAAGCUAGGAAUCAAAACUGAAGUUUUAAAACAAGUACACACUGAUAGUAAAAUAAAUUAUAAAGAAAUAGACACAAAUAUAUUAGACAAACUUAAACCAGAAACUGAUCAAGAUUUAAUAAUGCAACAAGUUAAACUAGGUAACAUUAUCAUAAAACCAAAAACAGAUGUGAAUAUAAAUGAUAAUGACGCAAGCAAAACACUUGAACUUGAGAGAAUAGCCGCGCUUAAAGUACAUAAAAUUAAAGAUGGAACUCAGAGAAGUAAUGUUACUUUUAAAAGAUUAAGCUCAGGAAAAAUGAUAGCAAUAACUAAAACGAAACCACCAGAAGGCGUUUUACCUCCAAACUCAGAUAGAAAAUUUAACUUUAUUAAAAUUAAAUCUGCACCAAAACCUGUAGUUAAUAACGAUAAAAUUGUACAAAAAAGUAAUAUGACUCCAAAUAAAUCAACAGAAUUUGAUGAAACAAGAUCUGCGAAAGAAAGAAAAACGGGAAAUGUAGUUAUAGUCGAAAAUGUUCCAGUAAAAACAGAUUUUCCCAUGCCUAAUAUGACACCUAGUACUAGCAAAACCGCUAAAGCUAGGGAUAUAGUUAUAUCACCUAAAAUCUUACCUAGAGACCUGACUAAUGAUCUAGAACCUAAAGAACUUAGUAUGGAUGAUAUUUCUCCGAAAAUAAUCAUAGGAAAGGAGGACGUUGAAACCGUGAAAAGUUUUAGAAAAAGAAAGUUAUUGUAAGAAUGAAUUUAACAUAUUUACUUGGUAGCUGAUGUAUAUUAUAUUUUAUAUAGAUUAGAAAUUCAUGGAUGAGAUCGAUUUUGUUGGGCGAUGCGUAGCAGAGUCCGAAAACGAAGACGAAUCCAGGAAUUGCUAUUCUUGCCGAGGCAUGUAUAGUCUGUCAAGCAAAGUAUGUCAGUAGCAAUGUACAGCAAAGUGAAGUAUAGCAACACUCAAAAAGCAGUGUUGCGUUGGUAUUGCGCUAGGAAAAGCAGCAAUGUACGUCGAACCAACAUGUUUUAACAUGUUGGUUCGACGUACAAUAACAUGUUUUAUUAUCAUCUUCAUAACCUCUAAUUUUACAAAUAUUAACGUUUAACGAGCGUGUUUGUAUAUUGUAGGCACCUUGACCUUGCUUAAGUUCAUGUACAAGCUUAUUUAAUAUAUUGGUGACAGCAGAAAUUUCUCUUGAAAUAGCAACGAUUCAGAAUGUAAAAAAACAUGAUGGCUGUCAUUCACUAUCCACAUUCCACAGAUAAAACACAGAUGACACGCGAUUUUGGAAUUAUUCGAAAACAGUGUACUACUGACAAGAUUUGCUUGACCAAGUAUAUAGUGCUCAUCUCCAAACAUGCGACAAAACAAAAAAACUAAUCAUUAUGUAAGCAUCAAGCAUUACUCCAAUCGAACCUUCACAUCAAAAACGUAAACAAACUGUUUCCCUUUUUAAUUAUAAAUAUAUCUAUGCGUCAAGUGGUCUAAAACCUAGUUGAGAAUUAGGUCUUUAGACAGAUAAUUUUGCAUAAUGUUGUGUAGAUUCGGUUAUUUUCAAAUACUUCAGAACGUCAGGUAUUUUCGAAAAUGGACUAACACCAAGAAGGUAUGGGUGAUUUUUCGAAUGGGGUUUCAACUGUCACAGCUAUACAUAGAUGACGCUGGCAUAAGUUUUAUUCUAUGAAUUUUGGCUUAAAAAAGUAGCAUCCAGCCUACAAUUUUUUUUAACUCUUCGUAAGACUGACGGCUUACGAACUUAUGCUGGCGCCAUCUGUAAUAUACUGCGGCGAACCCCAUUACAUGACAUUGGGCAUUACCCAAAUACACUUUAUAAUAUUAUAUAUUAUUAUUAUUUGACUGCGACACUAACGGAUGCUAUUUAGUGAAAUACAAUAUGUGGUGAUGCUAAAGAAAGGACGCUUGGCACAAGAAAUUUCGUUCACUGACCCGUAUGCUUCUAUAUAUAGCAAGCGCGUAAUUAUAUUGCUACCCCUCUCAUGAUGCCGACGUUAAGGCAGUGCUGCCAGGUGUGUGGAAGAGAAUUAUCGUAUUUGAGUGUCCAAAUUAUCGCACCGUUGGAAAAAAAUAUCGUAGGUCUAUCAAAAAGACAGUACCCCAAAAAUUACUUGCCAAAUAAGCUUAAAUUUUCAAUAUAUAAUCAAUAAAAACACAAUUAUCGUCUUAAUUUUUCAAAAAUAAGUUUUAUAUUUGUGUAAUUUUGUCUUGCACUAAGGAGCCGAAUACCCAAAAGGUGCUAAUUUUAGCCUAUUUCUGAGGGAAAGUGUCAUAUUUUGCUUCAAAUACUAUACUUUUGGGUGGCAUCGUCCAAGGGCUGAAAUUAUCGUACUUUUGCGAACGAUAAUGCUCUUUCGAACGUACAUCGUACCGGAGCCCAAAUGAUCGUACAUGUACGAUAACUAUCGUACUCCUGGCAACAUUGCGUCAAGAACACUGCGCGAGCGAGACAGCAAUAUAAUUAUAUGCGUGCGAUAAAGAUAGGAACACGCGGGUCAAUGUUCGAAAUUCCUUUUGUGCUAAGUGUCUUUUCUUUAGUAAAAUUAUGACCGAAUGAUUUAUUUAUCUCACAAUACAAUUAUUUACUGAACAUAAAUUUACAUUUUGAUGAUUUUUUAUACGAUUUUUUUUUGAGAUUCUCAAGGGACUUAAUAUAAUAAUAAAAAAUAAAUUAACUGUAUCAGCGAACCAAAGAUAAUCUGGCUUAUAUCACGAAUCUCCUUAUUUAAAAUGUAUAUGAAUUCUUAUAAAAUAGUACGUAAUAUUAACUUCUUAUAAAAAUAUUAAAUUUCAAAGUUACCUAUACACAUUGAUUUUAACUUUAAAACCACCAUUUAAUUAUAAUUAUUAUUAAUUACACACUUGCAUUCUCUAAGUCAACAGCUAUAAAGAUCUGUUCAUAUGUUAUUUCAUUUGUAUUAUCUCCUUUUCGAGAUUCUUUAGUACCCAAGUACCUAUUUAUACACUUCUAUGACGAAAGUGGACGGCCGCUUCUCCAUACCAACGUUGUUCCCUUUUUCCUCUCUGGAUAUUGACAUGGAAAAUAUUUUACAGUACAUAUGGUGCUAGUUUACCGCACUAGUGCGCAAAUUAGCAUAUUACGUUACUGUGUCAAACACUUAAAGGGCCAUAUGUACUGUAAAACGUUGUACGAUACAUGUGCGAAUAGGUAAUUCGCAACUCGUGUCGAUUUAAAACACUCCCUUCGGUCGUGUUUUAAUUUAUCGCCACUUGUUUCGAAUUUCCUAUUUUUCGCUCUUGUAUCGUAAUGUACUAUUAACAUAAUUUGAUGUAUAUUAACAAUAGCUAUGCCCCUACGAUGACUUAUUUCGAUUAUUUAAUUAUUGUGAAAAUUAGGAGCGAAAAACAGAUUUCAUACAAAAUUUUAAAUUCUCCUAA